AUGGUGUUCGUCGUCUCCCCUACAAUAAUCAGCGAGCACUUCGUCAAACACAAGACCCUCGCCACAGGCAUCAACUUCGUGGGCGUCACAAUGGGCACAUUCGUCUUUCCCAAGCUGCUCGAGUACCUGCAGAAUAUAUAUGGACUGCGCGGCGCCCUUUUAAUCUUCGGGGCGGUGCUUAUGAACGGGUUUGCCUUCAGCAUCUUCCCCCGCACUCCGGAGUGGAGAAGGACCGAUCCGCUGCAACAGAAGCAAGACAGUACAAAGUUGUUGCCCUCGUCGUCCCUUAAGAAUGAGCAGCACAGAACGUUACGCCACGGACUUAGCGUGUUGAGGUCACCGAUCAUCUACCUCGUCAUGUGCAGCUUCAUCUUUCAGAACUUCGGCUUCGAAUGCUACAUCGCUCUGUUCGUCGACUUCGCCGUCGACCGAGGUGCCGCUGUUUCCACCGUCGUAACAGUGUUUGCCACGGGAGCAAUCGCCGAGGUGGUCGCACGAUUGACGCUUCCAGCGGCCGUAGACCGCGGGCUGCCGUCCAACAAGACACUCCUGGUGACCGUCUUCGCUGGCCAAGGUUUGACACUGCUCGUACUGCCACUCCUCCGGAUUCACGGGCUCAUCUUCGCCACCUCUGUUGGCACGGCCUGUACAGUCGGAGCUGACCUCAUCGUGAUUCCCGUCACGCUGGCCUCGUACUUCGGAGUGGAGAGGAUGUCGAUGUCCUUCGGUAUCAUCGUUGCAUCUUCUGCCGGGGCAUUUUCAUUUGCAAAGCCAGCAGUCAUAGGUGAAUCACAAGUGGAUAAGAACUGGCGCAACGAGCGUAUGCUGAGCGGUGAAGGAAGCCAUUUAAUUUCACCAAGUGGGUCGCCUUUACCGCACGAAAAUAGGAAUGCCACAUAA